AUGACGCAAACUAGGGGUCACGGCCACCAUGGCCAUUCCCACCACCACCACCAUCACCACGAUAAUGUAUACCUGACUUCGACCAACAAGAACGAUGCUGGUGUACGCAUUACACGUAUAGGUCUUCUCGCCAACCUAUGCAUGGCCAUUGGCAAGUUUAUCGGUGGUUAUGUUUUUCAUUCCCAAGCUCUCAUCGCCGAUGCCUAUCACGCGCUCACCGACCUGGUCUCCGACUUUUUGACCCUGGGGACUGUCGCAUGGUCGCUGAAGCCUCCUAGUGACCGGUUUCCGAACGGAUACGGCAAGGUGGAAAGCAUUGGUGCGCUGGGAGUGAGUGGUCUGCUGCUUUGUGGUGGUGUUUUCAUGGGUCUCAAUGCGGGCCAGGUUCUGCUGGCGCAGUGUUACCCCGGCCUGGCUGAAACGCUGGCGCACUCGGGGAUCCUUGGACAUGGACAUGGGCAUUCACAUAGCCAUGGUAUCGAGGUGUUGGGUCCAAGCAUUCAUGCGGCCUGGCUAGCGGCGGGUUCGAUCGUGAUUAAGGAGUGGUUGUACCAUGCAACUAUGAAGGUUGCCAAAGAGCGCAAGUCGUCUGUCCUUGCCUCCAAUGCCGUCCAUCACCGCGUUGAUUCCCUCACAAGUAUCGUUGCUCUGUUCACCAUCGGUGGGAGCUACGUCUUCCAAGAUGCCACCUGGCUGGACCCGGUGGGCGGUCUCCUGAUUUCCCUAAUGGUCAUCAAGGCCGGCUGGGGCAACACCGUCACCUCGCUCUUGGAACUGGCAGAUACCGCCGUGGACAAUGAUAUCAAGACGACAGUGCAGAAUGCCGCCACCAAGGCCUUGAAGGCCCUCGAGGACGGCGAGCAGGUCAUCGUCCGUGAUGUCCAAGGCAUGAAGUCAGGACAAAACUAUCUCAUGGACAUUGAAUUGGCCGUGCCGGGCGCGUGGGCCAUUACCCGAUCCCGGGUAGUCGAGGAAGCCGUCCGCAAAACCGUUGGCGAGAAGGUCCGCGGUGUGAAGCGCGUCAAGAUUCGCUUUAUUCCUGCCGAGCAGGAAGAACUCACUUUCUCCGAGGAAUUUGUUUCCCAGGACACGGGGGCCAACCCGGAGCCCGAGAGCAAUGGCAAUGGUAAUGGUGUUGCACCCGGGUCUCACAAUUACAAUCACAAUCAUGAUCAUGAUCACAGCCAUGAGGAUCCUGUUUCUCGGAAGAAGCAAUAG